GAGUGGAUUGUCCUCACUCAGUGAGAAAGAACUGGAUGUUUCCAAGACUUGACUUGUGGAGAUAAACCCGUGGAAUAACGUAAACUGCAACACAGCUCAUAUUGGUUGGGACGUCCAUUUGUGAAGAGGGGAGAGGAGCUGUUCCAAAGGUGCCAGGGACGAGCUGGGGGCCAGAGACAGGCCUAAUGGCAGGAGCCUGGAAGACAGUCUGCUCUGAACACUCGUUCUAGGAAUCCGCCCCGCCAGGGGCCACACUUCACGGAGAAACACUGCCUAGGUGUGUUUGUCCAUGAGGUCGUCCAUGCUGGUCCUGCUGCUCGUGGUCAGUGCCCAGGCUGUGGCCACCACGGGAGGGGACUCCUGCCACCUGGUCUCCACCCGACAGCAAGGCCCCGCCCCCAGCAGGACCCCUAACUCCGCCCCCACUGUCGACCCCAAACUCUUCAUCAAGCGACGAUACCGCUCGCCUCGCGUUGUCUUCAGUGUCCAGCCGCCCGACACGGAUCCCACGGGACGCCAGGGGUCAGGGGUCAGCAGGGCGAGGCGCAAGGCUGGUCAGCCGCAGAACCGGGGGGUGUUCUCUGUUUGUGAGAGCAUCAGCAACUGGGUGGGCAACAAGUCCAAGGCUACAGAUAUAAGUGGCAACGAGGUGGAGGUGCUCCCGGACGUCAAAAUUAACAACGUUAAGAAGAAGCAGUACUUUUUUGAGACCACGUGCCGGCCGGGUAGCACCGGUUGUCUGGGCAUCGAUGGGCGACACUGGAACUCAUACUGCACCAACUCGCACACCUUUGUGAGGGCGCUGACUUCCUUUAAUGGCCUGGUGGCUUGGAGAUUGAUCCGCAUCGACGUGGCCUGUGUGUGUGUGGUCAGUCGUAAAUCAUGGCGACAGUAACCAAACCGCUGCUAGUGCUGUGGUCACUGAAGCACUACAUACUAAGUCACCUGGUUCACUGACCAAACCGUUGCUAGUGCUGUGGUCACUGAAGCACUACAGACCUAGUCACCUGGUUCAGUAGUCGCUGCAGUACUGACUGACCGGUUCACCUGGUAAAGUUCUGUUCCACAACCACAGCAGUCACCCAGUUCUCUGCUGCACAGAGUAAAUUAUUGAUUAUGAGGACUACAUCUAUAUGAACCAAUGAC